UAGAUUUUGAAAGAAAUUUGCAUCCGUGCGAUUUGAAGCUAUCACCCGUAAGCAUGGCCAACAUAACAAAGAAAGUGUCGUGGUCUGGCCGAGGUGAAGAUUCGGCCCGCGGGGAGACAACACCGCUGCUGAACGGAGCAGCAGAAGAAGUCCGAUAUACGAGACAGGUAUCUUCGGGGGGAGGUAUUUUUCACAUAGGCAGGCUGAGUACCGUGGAUCUGGAGGAGGACAUUACGUCAGAAGAGGACUCUGCGAGAGGCAGACCAAGAGAGAUCCCUCACAACGAGAAGCUGCUCUCCCUUAAAUAUGAGAGCCUCGACUAUGACAACAGUGAAAAUCAGCUGUUUCUGGAAGAGGAGAGACGCAUGAGUUAUGUGAGUUUCAGAUGUCUGGAGAUCAGUCGCUGGGUGAUCUGUGGACUCAUCGGCUUCAUCACUGGACUCAUUGCCUGUUUCAUUGACAUAACCGUGGAGAAACUGGCUGGUGUGAAGUACUCAGUGGUCAAACAGAACAUAGAAAAGUUCACUGAAGUAGGAGGCUUGUCCAUCUCUCUGAUUCUGUGGGCAGUGCUGAAUUCUGCCUUUGUCAUGCUUGGCUCUCUCAUAGUGGCUUUUUUUGAGCCCGUGGCUGCAGGCAGUGGAAUUCCUCAGAUAAAAUGCUACCUUAACGGAGUGAAGAUUCCACGAGUCGUCCGACUGAAGACCCUGGUGGUGAAAGUGUGUGGUGUAAUCUGCUCUGUGGCGGGAGGACUCGCUGUCGGAAAGGAAGGUCCGAUGAUUCACUCAGGGGCAGUGGUGGCCGCUGGCGUCUCCCAGGGCAGGAGCACCUCACUGAAAAGAGACUUUAAGAUCUUUGAGUAUUUCCGCAGAGACACGGAGAAGCGAGAUUUCGUGUCUGCCGGCGCCGCCGCUGGAGUCUCGGCUGCUUUCGGCGCUCCCGUCGGCGGGGUUCUCUUCAGUUUAGAGGAAGGAGCUUCUUUCUGGAACCAGAUGUUAACAUGGAGAAUCUUCUUUGCCUCCAUGAUCUCUACGUUCACUCUGAACUUUUUCCUGAGUAUCUACCAUGGGAAAACUGGUGAACUCUCCAACCCUGGUCUCAUCAACUUCGGCCGCUUCGUCGGUGAUAGUGUGACCUAUAACCUGUAUGAGAUACCUCUUUUCAUCAUCAUGGGAGCCAUCGGUGGGUUGCUCGGGGCACUCUUUAACUUCCUGAAUUACUGGUUGACGAUACUCCGCAUCAGGUACAUCCACAAGCCUUGCCUGCAAGUGAUGGAGGCCAUGCUGGUUGCCGCGGUGACAGCGGCCGUGUCCUUCGCCAUGAUCUACUUCUCCAACGACUGUCAGCCAUUAGGGGAAGAGAAUUCAGAGGCCUACCCUCUACAGCUCUUCUGUGCUGAUGGUGAAUACAACUCCAUGGCAACAGCCUUCUUCAACACACCGGAGAGAAGUGUGAGGAGUUUGUUCCACAAUCCAGCAGGCUCAUAUAACCCCCUGACCCUGGGCAUGUUCACUCUAACCUAUUUCUUCCUGGCGUGCUGGACUUACGGCCUGACCGUGUCUGCGGGGGUCUUUAUCCCCUCCCUGCUGAUCGGGGCGGCGUGGGGGCGUCUUUUCGGCAUUCUGCUUCCCUACAUCACCACCAACAGUACAAUCUGGGCAGAUCCUGGCAAAUAUGCACUGAUGGGAGCAGCCGCUCAGCUGGGUGGCAUUGUUAGAAUGACCCUCAGUCUAACAGUCAUCAUGAUGGAAGCCACCGGAAACGUCACCUACGGCCUGCCCAUUAUGCUAGUGCUGAUGACGGCCAAGAUCGUUGGAGAUUAUUUUGUAGAGGGCCUGUAUGACAUACACAUCAAAUUGCAAAGUGUUCCAUUCCUUCACUGGGAAGCACCAGCCACCUCCCAUUGGCUGACAGCCAGGGAGGUCAUGAGCUCUCCAGUGACCUGCUUUAACAGAGUGGAGAGAGUUGGCACCAUCGUGGACGUGCUCAGCAAUACCUCCACCAAUCACAACGGCUUCCCCGUCGUCACGGAAAUGGCCGCUAGUGACGAGCCUGGGAAAAUCUGUGGAUUGAUUCUGCGCUCUCAGCUCAUCGUUCUGCUCAAACACAAGGUGUUUGUGGAGCGCGCUCAUUCCCGGCUCAGUCAGCGGAAACUCCAGCUGAAAGAUUUCCGAGACGCGUACCCACGGUUCCCCCCCAUCCAGUCCAUCCACGUCUCUCAGGACGAGCGGGAGUGUAUGAUGGACCUGACUGAGUUCAUGAACCCUACUCCAUACACAGUCCCUCAGGAAACCUCUCUUCCCCGGGUGUUUAAGUUAUUCCGCGCUCUCGGUCUGAGACACCUGGUGGUGGUUGACAGUGAGAACAAGGUUGUGGGACUGGUGACGAGGAAAGACCUGGCCAGGUACCACCUUGGCAAACACGGCCUGGAGGAGCUGCAUUUGGCCCAGACAUGAUCUACACCUGGCCUCUCCAGAGACUCCACUGAGCACCUGUCGUACGUUGACCCACUGGGACACCACCUAUGCAUGACCCCCCCACCCCCACCCCGAGGGGCCCUGUCCUGGAUCUCUGAGAUACUGGCCUAGGCAGACCACGCUGCACACCAGUGACAGCUGUAGGUUCAACAAAACUGAAAAGGGCUCAGUUCGUUCAGAAGGGGGUUACAACACUCCUGUCUCAAGUUUCUCUGGUUUUGCCUUUAGACUUAGCACAGAAAAGAGCAUUUGUUUAGAAUCUAGAUUUGCACUAUGUGAUUGGAUUUAUUUAUUAUUUCAUAAGGUAGGUGGAUCAUUUGAGAGCAUUAAGAUGAAGCUAGAAACCUUCUACAAAUGCCCCUGCUGAAGGAUGAUGUACAGCCUGUCAGUGUUUGUUCUCUAUGUCUCAGUCGCGGCUUUAGUUUGUAUAUGACUGCUGCUUAUGUAAACAGAGGCUUGUCGUGACGUUGACUUGAAGUGCAUGAGAUUGUUUUGUCAAGAAAAAAUGUUUUGGUAACACUUUUCAGGAAGGCCCCAGCUGUAACGCACUGUCGUUUGUUUAAAAAAACAAAUGAAUGGAAAGAAGAAAAAAAGGAUGAUGGAAUCAGGUUGAG